UUCAUAUGCUGUCACCAUGACCAAAGACAUCGUUGUUGGAGAUGAAUUACCAGACUGGGUGGGGGCCAAGGAGUUUUACCAGAAAUAUGACCCUAAAGAGGUGAUUGGCAGGGGAGUGAGCAGUGUGGUGCGCAGGUGUGUGCACAGACACACGGGUCAGGAGCUGGCAGUGAAGAUUAUUGAGAUCACAGCAGAGAAGAUGACAGCCCAGCAGCUAGAGGAGGUAAAAACCUCCACGCUGAAGGAGAUCCAAGUCCUCAACAUGGUGAAGGGACACUCCUCAAUCAUCACUCUUAUUGAUUCCUAUGAGUCCACUACCUUCAUAUUUUUGGUGUUUGACCUCAUGAGGCGAGGCGAGCUGUUUGACUACCUCACAGAAAAAGUUACUUUGAGUGAGAAGGAAACCAGGGGAAUGAGGCGCGCGCUCCCCUGGGGGGCGCGCAGCCUCCCCCCCCCCACCAUCGCCCCCCCGGACUUAAAACCUGAGAACAUUCUCCUGGAUGAUCAGGGACACAUUAAACUGUCUGACUUUGGCUUCUCAGUGCAGCUACAGCCUGGAGAGAAGCUUAGAGAGCUCUGUGGGACACCUGGUUAUUUGGCCCCUGAAAUACUGAAAUGUUCGAUGGAUGAAAUGCACUCAGGCUAUGGCCAAGAGGUCGACCUCUGGGCGUGUGGCGUGAUCCUUUUCACCUUACUGGCCGGCUCACCUCCAUUCUGGCAUCGCAAGCAGAUGCUGAUGCUGAGGAUGAUCAUGGAGGGUCGCUAUCAGUUCAGCUCACCAGAGUGGGAUGACAGGUCUGACACCGUGAAAGAUCUGAUUUCCCGGCUGCUGGUGGUGGACCCAGCUGUCCGUCUCACCGCUGGGCAAGCUUUAGCACAUGCCUUCUUUAGACAGUAUCAGAAGGAGGAUGUGCGGCUCUUCAGUCCCAGAAAGACAUUUAGGGUGUUGAUUGUCAGCGUUCUGGCCUGCAUCAGGAUGUACAGCCGUUACCGCAGGGCUCGCCCGCUGACCCGGGAGGUGCUGGCCAGAGAUCCUUACUCCCUCCGUGGUGUCCGCAAACUCAUCGACGGCUGCGCCUUCCGCAUCUACGGGCACUGGGUGAAGAAAGGGGAGCAGCAGAACCGAGCCGCCCUCUUUCAGAACACGGCUAAGAUCAUGCUGCUGGGCCUGGAGGACUUUGAAACAUAAGAAAUCAACCUCAUUCCCAACCACAUUGAUUUUUAUUUAAAACAUUUGCAUGUGCUGUCAGUGUUUGUCUUGUCGAAUUACUGUUUGUAAUUUUAAGCUGUGGAGUUCAGGGAGAGUUUGUAUGCCUUAAUGAGCACUGUGGUUCUGCAAGCUAAAGAUAAGCAUGCACGUCUUAUCUCAUCCAAGUUUGCGACUCUUUGAAACUCUUCUUGUUAGGUCAUCAUGUUUGCAGUAGAGGACACGUUGCACAAUCAUUUGAUACAACACAUCACUUGAGUACAUAAUGUGUGUUUAGCAUUUUGCCUGAUGAUGGUCAGUUAUAACUGAGGAGAGGAUGUGUUUCUAAGCACUGUGUGGCUGAAGCGGACAUUAAAGCACUGUGAUUAAUUAUUUAAUGGGUAAAUAUAUAUACAUAGCGUAAGAUUUACAGAUAGUCCAGUGUCAUAAAUUAGUAAAAGAUGACGUGAAACAUUCAGUACAGUAUUUGGAGUGUUUUUGGGACCCUGUAGCUGCCAUGCAUGCAGACAUUCCUCUGUACACUUGAACUAACUGUGAAGAAAACUUGUGACUGUAAUUCCUUUUCAAACUAACCAACACCAUUCCCUACUCGGUCCAUUCUUUGGUUUAAUAAGUGACACUUUUUCUUGAAAGUGCCUCUCUUGAGAAAUGUGCAGUAAUUGUACUAAUGCAGACAUGUACUGUAUAUGAAGAGACAAAGAUUUUAUUGACAAUAAACUUUAAGUUUAAGCUCCA